UGGUUCGUUUUGCGCCGCCUGCUCAGAUUGGAGGGUCGGUUUGAGCUGCAGUGCUACACUUUGUCAGAAAUGGCUUUUCCUCGACUUAAGUUUGUGAGGUUUUUCGGCGGUUUUGUGUGCGGAGUGACUCUCAGCACUGGUGCCUGUGUGGCGGCGCUCAGACUCUACCUGCCCGAGAAGCAGUUCGAGGACUCGGAGGCAGAGACAGAGAGUUCAGUGCAGAGUCUCAUUAAGCGCUACGGCAUCCCUCUGACCGGAGCAGAGACGAGAAGCUACACCAACCACAUUCUGUCUUAUGACCAGGGCCGAAGGAUACCGAAAUGGGUGGCAGAGCAUCUGUCAACCGAAAAACUUCUUGGAAGAGCAGAUAGAAAGCACUGCAAAUUCAAGCCUGACCCUGGUGUUCCCGAGCUUUUCACUGCACACAACGAAGAUUACCUUGGCAGUGGCUGGUCUCGAGGACACAUGGCACCAGCUGCAGACAAUAAAUUUUCACAGCACUCAAUGGCAGAAACCUUCUAUCUAUCGAAUAUUGUCCCGCAAAAUUAUGAAAACAACGCAGGCUUCUGGAACAGAUUAGAGAUGUACUGCAGAGAGCUGACAGAGAGGUUCAGUGAUGUGUGGGUCAUCUCAGGACCGCUUACUCUGCCACAAGUAGGAGAGGAUGGAAAGAAAACCGUCUCAUAUCAGUUGAUCGGAAAAGAUGAUGUCGCCGUUCCCACUCAUCUCUACAAAGUCAUCCUUGCACAGAAAGAUCCUUCAGCUGAGGUGCUGGCUCUGGGUGCCUUUGUGGUUCCUAAUGCCCCUAUUGGCUUCAAUCAUCACCUGAAGGAAUACCAGGUGAGCCUGACUGAAUUGGAGAGAAUGUCCGGUCUGACCUUCUUCCCUAAAGUGGACAAAACUCAGAGCCUGAAGAACCUCUGCACAGUGGACUCCUGUGAGCUCAUGGACUUCAAGCGUUUCACGCUAUACAUGACCGGCCGUAAAGUAGGUGGUGCCAAAACUUUGGCAAAGCUGGAUAAGAUAAUGGCGGAGCUGAAGGAAGCAGGAAUCCCACCUGAUGAGUACUUGGUUAAACUGUACCUGGAGAAAAAACAGGAACUCUUGCAAAAGGAAAACCCAGAGAGCGAGUCAGGAUAACUAAAAGUUGUACAUCUGUCUGCCUUCUUUGUGAUCAAGUCAUGUGGCAUUUUUUUGCAUUGCAUUCUUUGUCCUCUUUAAAAAUAGCGCCUUCUGCAAUUGUUUCCUUUUUGAUAGUGUUUUAAAUGUAAUGUGUACCAAACCAAAAUUAUGAAACUUGAGUACUGUUUUAAGUAAAAUAUGUAUAUACAGUUUUGUAAUAAUGUCAUAAAUGUUUUUAAAAAUCA